AUGAAGCCCUCCCAAAUCAGCUCCCUAGCCCUCCUCUUCGCCCCAGCAGCAAUGGCGGCAAGCUACCUCUCCAAGCGAGGCUCAGGUUCCGUAGCCGAAGUCCCCAACCCAAACGUAGCGCCCUCCGUCCCAGACGAAGCGCAAACGAUGUUCAAAGACGACAGUGCGCCAAACCUCCUCUUCGCCCCUACAAACCCUCCUGAGGAUCCAUCGACGAUUCCAGACAAUAUCUUUGUGGUGCAGUGUCUUGAACAGGGUUUUAGGGGGGAGUGUAUGGUUCUUGGUGGUCCGCCUGGACAAUGCGUCUCGUACUUUGAUUUCGACAGCGAAACAACUUCCAUCUCGGAUAAAUUCGAUAAGCUAGCCAUGUCUCUGAGUACCAACACAGGUGGCGUUUGUCAAUUCUACCAUGAGGAGGGCUGCAACAUCAACGGCGAUGACCCAGGAGUCACUCUCUCUUACGUCUAUGAUCUUAGCAAGAGCGAGUCUGGGAAUAGCAGACCUGAUGAUUACCAGGGGGAUUAUUUCCAGAAUAUCACGUCUUGGAGAUGUUAG